AGCCAUGAAUGGCUUUAGACUCCUGCUUCGAAGCAAACAACUCAUCCUGCUGCUCCUCUUUCUUUUGCACUUUCAGAGUCUGGGCCUGGAUGUUGAUAGUCGAUCUGCUGCAGAAGUCUGUGCCACACAUACAAUUUCACCAGGACCUAAAGGAGAUGACGGUAAAAGAGGUGACACAGGAGAAGAAGGCAAGGAUGGCAAAGUUGGACGCCGGGGACCUAAAGGAGUUAAGGGAGAGCUGGGUGAUAUGGGAGCCCAGGGCAAUAUUGGCAAGUCUGGCCCUAUUGGCAAGAAGGGUGACAAAGGAGAAAAGGGUCUGCUUGGGAUUCCUGGAGAAAAAGGCAAGGCAGGUACAAUCUGCGACUGUGGCAGAUACCGGAAAGUGGUUGGACAACUGGAUAUUAGCGUUGCUCGUCUUAAGACAUCAAUGAAAUUCAUCAAGAAUGUCAUAGCAGGGAUCCGGGAAACUGAAGAGAAAUUCUACUAUAUUGUGCAGGAGGAGAAGAACUACAGGGAAUCUCUGACCCAUUGCAGGAUCCGGGGAGGGAUGCUAGCCAUGCCUAAGGAUGAAGUCGUGAACACUCUUAUUGCUGACUAUGUUGCCAAGAGUGGCUUCUUCAGAGUGUUCAUUGGGGUGAAUGACCUUGAGAAGGAGGGGCAAUAUGUGUUCACAGACAAUACUCCACUGCAGAACUACAGCAACUGGAAGGAGGGGGAGCCUAGUGACCCCUACGGCCAUGAGGACUGUGUGGAGAUGCUGAGCUCCGGCAGGUGGAAUGACACAGAGUGUCAUCUUACCAUGUAUUUUGUCUGUGAGUUUGUCAAGAAGAAAAAAUAGUUCCCUUCAUGUUACACAGUCACUUUCUCCCUUGGUCUCCUAGCAAUUACUUGUAUCCAUCUUUACCUUCCUAAUUACAUUGCUCUUGCUAAAUUGACAUAAGGGCUCUGCCUCCACUAUCUUCUGUGUUAAUUGUGACAUUUUUGUACAUGAUGUUUACUUGGGCCAUUCUUGUGGAUGUUCUCUUGGAUCUCUAUUUAACCCUCUAGCAUAACAGAAGGAAGACACUGGAAUUCA